AUGCUCAAACUUCUCAACAGCAAGCUCCGGCGCCUCUGCUUGAAAAUCCGGUGGCCGGCCACCCGCCGCCGCCGCCGGCCGCGACCGAAGGUCGCCGUGAAAAACCUCGGGAAAUCCAGCUCGAGAUCUCGCGCCGCCGAUCAGAACGACCCCGCCGCCGCCUCCUCCGCCGUGAUCCACCCCAGCACCAACACCGCCGCCGAUCCCGGCGCCCCGAGGACCAUCCGUUUCGCCACGUUCAACGCCGCGUUCUUCUCCAUGGCGCCGGCGGUUCCUCACACAGGCAAAUCGUCGAACACCUCGCUCGCGGAGCUCGACCGUGGUACUCGAGGCUCCAAAUCCACCAGCGACGGCCCCAAAAGCAUCCUCAAGCACUCGCCGCGGCACCCGGCCGCGAACCCCCAUGAAACCCUCACCAGGCAGCAGAAAUUCGCGAGAUCGAGGUUGAGGGUUUCGAUAAACUUACCGGACAACGAGAUUUCGUUGAGGAGGAGCGGGCAGCUGAGCUUCGAGAUUCUCGGCGGGAAAGCGCCAGAGAGGUCGAGCAGCGCUCGUUUCGUCAGCACGGCCAGCCUUGGCGGCGGCGGGGAUUGGGGGAGCAAUCGGACGGUUCUGGAGGUGCUGAGGGAGGUGGACGCGGACGUGGUGGCGCUGCAGGACGUGAGAGCGGAGGAGGAGAAGGACAUGACGCCGCUGUCGGAGCUCGCCGGAGCUUUGGGGAUGAGUGAGGAGAGUUUCACCACCCUUGCCCUUGUUCUUCUGCUCAGAACUAUUCUUCGGCUGAGAAUUGCUCUUGCCCUACUCCUCAAGCCAUUUAUAGCAAUUCUUUUUCAAAUGACCUUCUAG